AUAACAUUCAUAUAAUACAAAUUAGAUAGAUCAAUAGAUAGAUAAUUAGAGGAAGACAGAGGGAGAGAGAGAGAAGAGGGAGGGGUAAGGAAAUACCUAAGCUAACAUUUCACAGCCACGGGAAGCUACCACUGCAUCAAACAUAUUAUCAUCACCCAGUGAGAAAAGUCAUUCAUAAAGAGAUAUCCAGCAAAGCACACAGCAUCAAGAGAAGUAUCAGAGCUGUAUGGCUAUGACAGAGGCAUGAAGGGGAUGUGAAGGUUAAUCCGCAGCAUCUCUAGAAAGACAGAAGCACAGAGAGAUAGAGAUAGAUAGAGAGAGAGAGGUGCACACACUGAACCCAUCACAGCCACUGGCUGUUGAUCUGAGCUCUGUAUCCUCAGGUUCAUCACCGACAAAGAAACAUCAAUGAAGUACAUUACCCUGCAAUAUCCUCAAGACUAAUGUUCAUCAUUUACCAACGGGCUAUACUGUGCAGAUUACCUACAAUGCUUAGAUACCAAAUGUGAAGAUGGUUCUCCUUAAACUUCUGAAUCUUCUGGCUCCACUCUAUUUCCUUUGCCUGCUAUCAGUCACUUUAUCCAUUCAGUUCUUCUUACUUCUUCCAGGCAUAAGUGGGGAGACUUCGUCUGCCUUGUCUUUCUCUAGUUUUAUUCACAAUUCCCUCUUUGUAGUCUUACUUGUCAAUGUGUUGGGAAAUUAUAUACUGACAAUCUGGAAGAGUCCUCAUGGCAGUGAAAUUUAUGCAGAAGCUGAGCUAUCGGGAAAGCCAUUUUGCUAUCUGUGUGCCCGGGUGAUGGGUGAGCAGGAACAUCACUGCUUUUUUACAGGGACAUGUAUAGGACGCAGCAAUCUUCGCAGCUUUGUUCUGUUUUGCCUGCAUGCCUCAUGCAGUUGUUUCCAUGCUAUGGUCGUUGGAGUGGGAUUUAUUUCAAGAAGCAUCUCCCUCUCCUUAUAUGAUCCUAUGACCUUCCUAAGGCUGCUGCCUCUCUCUAUCACUCGAUUUUUCUCAGGAACGCUUCUCAACUCAGAAAUGUUAGUGGUCCUCAUGAUCUACCUCUGGUUUGGAGUAGGUAUAGCAUGUGCUGCCUUUUGCUGUCACCAUCUAAUUUUGAUCUGCAGAGGUUCUAAUGGUCAACAAUUUCACACAACAGAGAUCAGCAUAACCACUGGCAAAGAGAACCUGCAGAGAGUAUUUGGAAAGAAAUGGCUAUUUGCAAUCUUUGUCCCACAGCCAAAGAACAAAUGAGUUAUCUCAUGCUUGAAUCCAUUGACUGCAGCAAUACCUACAAAUCAACCAUAUGUCUAGUCUAAUCCCCUCACUGCUCUGAAUAGUUUGUGAAAACCCCAAAUAAUGACACCUUCUCAUUGCGGAUAUCGAGGCUUUGUUACUUUCUGAUAGCCAGGUAUUGGUAUUAGAGCUAAAUAAUGAUAGUAUGCGUGUUACUCUUUACUCUACUGAGGGAGGAACUCUUACCAUUCUACAACAGUAAUGCUCUCUUCAGGUUUGUACAAAAAAACAUAGCAAAUUAGCACUGUGUGUAGCUACUAAGUGAUUUACUUCUAUGUUUACUGACAACAAGGUAUCUCUCUGUAUUCUACUGAGAGUGUGUACAUAUAUUUAUAUAUAAUAAUAGUAAUUUGCUAGAAUUUGUCUAUAAAAAAUAAGCAUUGUUCUGUAUUCACUGCAAAGCCCUCUUUGUUCUGCACUCUUCUGACUGUGUCAAUUUGCAAUUGUGAAAAUGCUCUGUAAGUGCAGUGAGGUCUCUACAUCCUUUGUUUGAUUUUUUUUAUAAGGUUUUAUUUUGCAUUUAGGUUAAACAUAAUAAUACAACAAGGUCUAGUCGUGGGGCAAGAAGAAAGGAAAGGAAGGAAGGUGUAAGAGAUAAGCAGAGAGAGAGAGAGAGGGGUGAGCUGGGAGGGAACUCAUUAAAUUCAGUUCAUUCCAUGUAGCUACCCAUUACAUUAC